CCUCGCAGAACUUGGAGUUUGUCCCUGCUCACGCGAUCAGUGCCAAAUCCCUCCAUCUACAAUGGACACCUCAGUGGUCUAUGCUGACUUAAACCUAGCCAGGACCCCAGAGCCUACACAGACAUCAUCUCCAUCUCUCCCCCCAGACACCUGUCGGUGCCCACGCUGGCAUCAGUUGGCUCUGAAAUUCGGCUGUGCUGGGCUCAUCCUUCUUGUCCUGGGGGUGAUUGGACUCAGUGUCUUAGUGAUAUCACUGCUCCAAAAAACAUCCGCAGAAAAAAGCAGUGUGGAAGGUCACUCAAACAGGACAAAACCAGCAGAGAGUCCAGCUAAGUCAAUGUGCCCAAAAGACUGGAUUCCACACAGACAUAAAUGCAUACAUUUUUCUGAAGUUCUCAAUACAUGGAAGGAAGGUGUGGAUGAUUGUAUUCAGAAAGGAGCCACUUUGCUGCUUGUUCAAGAUCAAGAAGAGCUGAGAUUCCUACAGGACUGGAUAAAGGAAGAAGGCCUUUCAUUUUGGAUUGGACUAAGUUACAAAUUGCCUGACAAGACCUGGAUGUGGAUAAACAACUCUGCUUUAAGUUCUGAUGUGACUUGGACUGUGUCCCUGCUCACAAGUUCAGUGUCUCAUCUCCCAUCUGCAAUGGACACAGCAACCGUCUACUUAAAUUUAAAGGCACCCAGGACUCCAGGGGCUCAGCGUGCAUCAUAUCCAUCUCUUCCCCCAGAUGCCUGCCAGUGCCCACAUUCACACAGGCUGGCUCUGAAACUCAGCUGUGCUGGGCUGAUCCUUCUUCUCUUGACCCUGAUUGGGAUGAGCAUCUUAGUUCGAGUCCUAAUACAAAAACCAUCAAUAGACAAACACUGUGUGUGUAUUCAAGAAAACAUACGUAAGACAACAGAGAGUCCAGCUAAGUCAAUGUGCCCAAAAGACUGGAUUCCACACAGACAUAAAUGCAUACAUUUUUCUCAAGUUUCCAACACUUGGAAGGAAGCUCUGGAUGACUGUAUUCAGAAAGGAGCCACUUUGCUGCUUGUUCAAGACCAAGAAGAGCUGAGAUUCCUACAUAACUGGACAAAAGACUUUACAUUUUGGAUUGGACUAAGAUAUGGAUUGCCUGACAAGACCUGGAAGUGGAUAAACAACUCUGCUUUAAGUUCUGAUGUACUACAAGUCACUGGUGAAGCUAAAGAAGGCAGCUGUGGUGCCUUCUCAAAGGACAAAGUGGUUUCUGACGACUGUGUUUCAGACAACCGCUGGAUCUGCCAAAAGGAACCAAAACGUGAUACCAUGUGCAAUGACUUCUGACUGCAAAUCGCAUCUCAGCUACUUUACCAUGCACAAAAAUUCUCCCCAGUCAGUCUGUCUCUCCUCCCAGUUCAGUUAGUGCCACAAAGCAUGGACUCUGAAAGCACCAUGAUGCUUACAGAUAAUUUAUUCUGUAAAUGUGAAUGGACAGAGACACAGAUGUGUCAUUCUAAGAGAGGUGUUCUAUGAAAAGAAGCCCAGGCAGCUGAGGGGAACCAGAUUUGAAUCCUGGAAACCAUGACCCUCACUGUGUUUCUGAGCUCAUCUGCAAAAUCCACAGAAAACCAUUUACAAUCUCAUUAAAAAAAAUGCUUGCAGUGCAGGAACUGGUGGCUCUGGGAAGGCUGAGCCAGGAGGAUCAUGAGUUCAAGGCCAGCCUCAGUGUGGUGGAUUAAAUGAUAAAUGUCCUCCAUAGCCUUGGGCAUUUUACCACUAUGUCCCCAGUUGCUGGCACUGUCUGAGGAGGUUCAGGGAGUGCAGCUUUGCUGGAGGAAUGUCACUGGAGGUGGCCUUUGAGAGUAAAAGCCCCUGCUACUUGUAGCUGGCUCUGCUUCAUGCUUCCAGUUCAGAUGUGAGCUCUUAGCUGUCUCCUCCAGCUGCCAUGCUUUCUGUUUCUUGCCUGUACAGAUUCUAACCCUCUUGAAUGAAAAGCCAAAUUAAACUCUUCUAUAAGCCA